CCGCAGCUGCCCGCGCUGCUCAGCCCGCAGCCGCCGGCAGCCAUGGAGGAGCCCGAGGCCGCCGCGCCUCCGCCCGGGCUGCGCUCGGUCCUUCCCUCCCGGGAAUUCCUGGGCUCCCGCAAGGGCCAGCUCCUUCUCGCCGAGUCGGUGCUGUCAUUUAUCAUCUUUAUCUGCUUUAUUGCAUCUCUAGCUGCCUCUUUCAUGACGGCACCGCUCCUAGAGUUUCUGCUGGCACUGUUUCUUUUUUUUGCCUAUGCCUCCAAACUUAAUGAGAAGUUUAAAGGAUUCUACUGGCCUUUGACGGAUUUCUUGCGGUGUGUCACUGCUGCCAUUAUUUACUUUGCCAUUUCAAUUGCUGCUGUCUCAAAAUAUAAUGAUGGAGCUUCUAAAGCAGCAGGAGUGUUUGGAUUUAUAGCCACAAUAGUGUAUGCCAUUGAUUUCUACAUAACCUUCAAUGACCUGGUUACUUUUCUCAAGCAAGGCAGUUCUGAUUCCCCUGAAGGGCACAAAUCAGAAGAUGAAGACUCGGAUUCUGACUCAGACUGAAGAAACAAACACCAACCAAGUGUGAAGGGAAGAUGAUCAAGCACUUUGCUGAAUGCACUGCCAACUGAAAUAUCUCCCUUAUUCAGUCUUGGUACCCACUUUCCACCCCACUGUUCAUGAAAUCACCCAAGCACAGACACGGGCAGUGAUGUGGAAAAGGAGACUAUUCUCAAUGCCAUUAGACACUCCUUCAGAACUACAGAUUUUGCAGUAGUUCAACCUGCCAGACAUCUGUGUCCACACAACACAUCUCAAUUCUCUGUUGCCCCUACUUUACUCAGCACUACAAUGUACUGAGUAAAUGGGAACAUAGUAUUUUAAAUAUGUAAGCUGAGCUUUUAAUAUGCUUUCUUAAUUCCAAAUCAUUAAUACUUAACAUCUUUUCUAUUUCUUGCUGUGCCAAAGAAGAGAGGCUCAGAAUGCCUUUAUUUGUAUUUUUCUUCAUUAACCAACCAUAUUUUUUUAUCUAAAUCUGAGUAUUCUACUAUCUCAAGCACUGAAAGCAUAGAUUACAGUUAUAAUGCAAUACAUUUGUAUCUACUACCCAUUUGCAAUAAGUGAGAACUGGAAAUCUGCAGCAAGAACAAACUUCAUAGUGUAAUUGUGUUGCUGGGCAGCUGGCUCAUCAAACAUUCACUGUCACUUUUCUAAACUACUUGGAUGGGGUCACAUCCCAUCUUCUGUAGUCUCACCACAGAUACAAGGUUCCUACCAUUUGCAUGGAAGCCCUUGUACAUGUUUGCACAGGCAGGUAAAGAAGGUUUGCCAAACACCAUCCAACGUUACCUGCCUGUUGAAGCCUGCAAAUAUCUGUGUGCAAGAUGUCACUGUCUGAUCUCAAGCUCUGUGUUAGGAACAUUUCCUCCUGUGAGAAGCAGCACUGGACUCAAUCCACUGGCUUUGCAAAACAGACAAUUGUUUCUGUAACACUCAGGAUACCUGGACCCCAAUAGGGAAAUACAACCUUCCCACUGUGAAAAGGCAAAAAACCCCUUUCCAAACUCAAGUAUGUCUGCAAUGAGAUUCAUUUUCCCAGACCACUUUCUCUGGGAUGGAGGGGUUCCCCCCUUCCUUCUGGAAGGCCAUGAUUUAUCUCAUAGUCUGGUGUUCUAGGGAAAAGUCUUCUGAAGGAGAUGUUUUCACAGGUAGUACAAUCUACCUUGAUAUAUUUGUGUCCACCUAUAACCACGUACUACUUGGAAAAAGCAUGCUCCUUAUAUACAUGGCACCAGACAGGUCUGUUUCAGAGAAACCGUAUGCAUUUUUAAAAGUUAAUAUAGUACUAGAAGAGGUGGCCUUAACAAAAAGUGAUUAAAAUGAGAGCAGAUAGUACUAAUGGAGUAAAUUAAAAACAAGGAUAAAACAAUAAAGGCCGAUUUCCUCUGGAAAAAACUUACUGCUUGGUUUCCAAUCCCUUGCCAGUUGCUCACUGCUGCUGGGCAGAAACAUGGAACUGAACAGUGAGCGGGUGCUUGGGGAGGUGCUGGUCAGAUUCAGAGUUGCCAAACAGGUAGCUCCUACAUCUCCUGUUUCCAGACCACUGAAUAAAAGCAAAACAUAUGUUUACUUCCAAAUGUGACAAAUAAUCUUUGCUUUUAUGAGAAAGUGCUCUUUGGACCUUUUCCAGUAUGAAAUUCCACAUUUCUUUCUUUUCUAUUGUCAUAUUUUACUGGCACGCACUGUGACGUUAUGGGACCUGGGCUCAUUUUUGUAUUCAAUUGUUUUGUAUUCCUCUUUUUUUUUUUAAGACUUUAAUUAA